GGCUGCAUCUCAAAUCAACCAUCAACAGUUUCCUUGAUAGCUACUGAAAAUGAGCAAGUUUUACGAGAAAAUGUUUCACAGUGGUUGCCAGUCAACGCUAGCUGUCAAUGGAACAUAACGGCUCCUGUUGGCAAGGUGGUUAGAAUCAAGGUCAGAGCCAGCUUGUUGUCAGGUUCCUGUAAGGAUGUAUAUAUAAAGAUCCUCGAUGGGCCAAGUAAUUCAAGCGACCUGAUUACAAAGUACUGCAAAGAUGGCGUCAGUUACACGUUUGGCAGUUACUUUUUUUCUAGUGGACGUUUUGUGUUUUUGGAGCUCAAGACAGGAACAGGCUACAAUAAUCGCUUGCGAGUGACAUAUUAUGCAGUGCCUUUUCAAAGUAAUUAUCGUAUACAGCCUCUGAUUUAAAAUACUAUAAUAUGACCUGUGGUACAUCCUUAAAUCAGUUGAACAUUCUAAAAAGGAGAAAUAACAAAUCAGCAUUUUUAUCAGUUGGUUAUACAGUGGAACCUCGAUUUAGCCAUCCUCUAUUUAACAAAGUUCUCGGUAUAAUAUAACUAACGAUUUUCUUCAGCCCCGCCAAAAUUACAAUCCAACGUGUGGAACAGAAGCUCAAUGUAACGAAGGCUCGAUUUAACGAAAUCCUUUUUAUAUAAACGAAUACAAUCCAGAAACGCAAACGCAAACGCAAACGCAAAAUAUGCGAAACAGUCCAACGAGGAUAAAAUGUAUGUGUACAGUUAGUUUUAAGCAUUUUCGUUUGCCUUUUCUUGUGUCUCUAGUGCCGUAGCUAUGUACAGCUCUGAACUAAGACAGGAGCUUCGUACACAAAUGUUUAUUACAGAAGUUGUUCAGAUCCGGAAAUGCUGGACGUUGAAAUUCAUCAUUAACUAUAUCCUCGCUAUAACUAACAUUUUGCUUGAAUGUUUUCCCAAAAAUUCGUUAAAUCGAGGUUUUCCAUAUGAACAAAUUUUCCCAAUCCCUUGGCACUAACAGUUAAAUCGAGGUUUCAGUGUACUACAGUCCUCCUCAUCGGUUGUCCUUAAAGUGAAUAAAGAAACACUGUAGAGGAAAAGUUGCUUUCAACGAGCAGCUGACGAAAAGUCAGAAAUCUAAGUGAUGCCUGGGACUCGAUCGCCUUCAUCGCCUUACUCUUUGUUGGGCUCUUGGUCAAUGCAGACGAGCGAAAAAACCUGGCGAUCAGCAAAACCGAGCGAGCCCGAAAAGCAGAAAGAGAUGGCUUAUAAGCAACCUUUUGAAAACUACAACGUCCACCUUCAGGAAAACGUACCGUCUGUCUUGGCAAAAUGUCAAAAUGCCCGUCCUCCUAAAUCCCUAAUCCCACGCGGUUUUCAAGCAACUUUUCUUGAUCUGCUUUCCGUGCUAUCUUGGAAAUUGAACAUUCCACUGUACCCUUAAAGAAGGCCAUUAACCGCUGUACAUCUCUAAUUUCAGAUUGUUCCUUAAACACGACCUUGGACGCUCCGCAGUCUCCUUCAGAAAACAACUUUUCCAGCCCUUACUACCCUCUCGGCUUUCCCAUGAACAUGACCUGCGGAUGGUUCAUCACAGCCCCAGAGAAUCAAACUGUAAAGCUUCAGCUUACAUCGCGGUUAAGCAGCUCUUACAAGUCUUCAGACAGGGUGGAGGUUUAUGAUGUCGAUGGCUCAGAACUCAGUGCCAAUAGCCUUCGUUUGAGUAACCCACACGCCAAGACUGAUACUAUAUAUUCUAAGUUCCGUAGUCUGUACAUCCUGUUUAAAAGUGAUGGUCACCCUCAACAAAGCCUGUCAGAGAGUGGAAUAAUAGUUUUAUACACAGCUUUUGAGACAGGUGAGAACGAUUACCUUACAACUCAAGAAUGUAUUAUCCCCAAACCAUUUUCUUUUGGUUAUUUCCCUGCAUGUGGGUGGAUUCAAGUUGCGUGGCGUGACUUAGUAGUUUUCGUGUCCUCUCUUCUUACACCCACCUCUUGCACUAAAUCUGAACAUAGGUUAUACUAUACGCGCUUGGAAGUAGUGGGCAGAAGAAAAAACGAGCGCGCAAGAAGGAGACACGCGUGUCACAACCCCCGCGUGUCUCCCUCGCGCGCGCCCGUUCUCCCUUUCGCCCACUACUUCAAAGCGCCUGCUAUGCAGGCUAGAUAUGGUGAAAUGUUGCCAAUGCCACUACCACUUGUCUUUGAUUUGUCAUAGGUUUGUUAUUGUAUGUUUUCACUUAUAUAACCUUGAAUAUUAUACGUUUUGGGGGUAGGCACAGCGAAACUGCAGGCGGAGAAAGAAUACAACUUUGCGAGGGAAACUGAGGUUUCCAAGGUCACUGUAGCUUUUGAUAAAAUCAGUUCCUGUUUCAUGCAAGAGACAGAUUUAGAAACGACGUUGCAACGUCAAAUGUGUCUCCCAGGGCUACUCAAUUUACUGCUAUCCUAUUGGUCAAACCGGUUUUUAAAUCUACUUGCGCUGUCGUUUCUGUCUUUGCAUUGUCUUCGAAGAGACAUCGCUUUUUAUAAACAUUAUUUUUGUUAUUCAAAUUUGUAACGAGUAUAACAAAAGAAUCUAUUUUUGCAAGAACCAAUACACUUCUGGUUGGCACAUUGAUACCGAAAGGUGACGACGCCCUUCAAAAAUCUGGGAAACUAACUGUUUUCAUUGCUAGUAUAAUCUUUAUUGUCGUUCAGUGCCCUUGUAAGAAGUAUAAGUAUCGGCAUACUCUGUAACUGUUUCCAUCGUAGUCUUUUCCCUUCCUCUCUUUUAGUGCCCACUUGUUCGUCAUCCAACUCGAAGGACCAGAACAUGAACAUCAUAUUAAAAGAUCGCUCUGGUAUCAUCAAAACGCCCGGCUAUCCCUCCAACUUUCCAACGAACCUGAUUACUCAGUGCUAUUGGAAGAUAUUAGCUCCGAAAGACCACGUAGUGCGUUUAGAUUUCAUAUCAUUUCGCAUGGGGUCGUCACAUUGUGUCUACAUCCAUGACAGCAUAAACAAAGAGAAUCCUGUGGAAACUUUUAAGUGCAGAUCUAAGACUUCGUUUACUUUUUACGCGAGUGGAAGAGAGGCAAGCUUAACUGUUUAUCGCAUUCCCUACUCUGAUGUUACCAGUGGUCCAGGAUUCAUCGCAAAUUACUCGGUUACACCUAUAGGUGAGCGGGCAAGGCUCUAUCUACGUUAUCUUGGUUGCCAGCCUUUAUUAAAUUCUCAUGAUCAAGCUAUGCGCACGGUUGUUUCAUCCUGGUGAUUUCGAGAACGGACCUCUCACUGGAGCCAGGCCGGGGGUACAUCUACGUAGCAGCCUAGCAUAAACUCAGAGAUCGUUUCCCGAGUUAAAUGGCACUGAGAUUUUUUUUGUCAAGUAUAGACAAAUGACUCCAGCUCAAAUUUGUCAAAUUGUAGUCCCCUUAUGACACCCGAAUAACCUACUUGACAUGCGUUUGUAAGGGAAGGAGUGGAGCAAUUAGGAGUGUGAGUACAUAAAGAACGUCUGCGCGAGAGAAGAGUUUUUUUUUUCAAAGUUCGCUACGAUUACUUUAACUAUUUAUUUAUUUGUUUAUCAUCAUUUUGCCGUACAACUUAAAUAUACGCAUAAAAUUAAGAAAAAGAUGAGGCAAGGGAGCCCAAGGAAGCCACUAAGGCUUGUGUAUAGGACCACCUUUAAAAACAUAUCACCUAAUUAAUAAAUAAAAUACUGGCAUCGUCAAGACAAUUUAACUGAGCACAUACAAAUUAAGCUAUCCGUUACAGUGUGAAUAUAGCCUAAGUCUGGUGAGCUAAUGGGAAAGAGAGAAAAAUGAGACAGAGAAGGAAAAGCCCAGUCUGUCCGAUUAUCCUCUCUUCACCUGGUUAAUAACUUACCUAGAUAAUGUAGAAUGGUGAUUUUACAGCCCUUUCAAGGGGUUUAUGUACUUAUGCUUUACGCACUCUGAUUUUAAAGGUAUCUCCUCUGGUACUUGCUCCCUCAAAAACAACACUACCGUGCACAUGUCUGGCGAAGGACGGAGUUUUACAACCCCAGGGUAUCCAAAAAACCCAGGAAUAGGAACUUGUGCUUGGAAUAUUACAGUACCCGUAGGAAAGUUCAUAAAGUUAACAUUUUGGGAAUUUGCAGAAUCAUGCAACCAGAACUACGCUGACGUUUUUGAUAUCACAAACUCAGCGAGUCUACUUCUGGCGAAGAGAUUAUGCAACGAGAAAGUUAUAUUUUCCAAAGGGAACAACGUUCUUGUCAAGUAUUCAGGGGUGACUUUGGACCAGUACAGGGGAGGAUUUUUUGCCUCAUACGAAGCUGUGGACGCUGUCCCUAAAAGUUAUUCCUGCUCUGAUAGAGGGUAUAUUUCCCGCCUGAGAGCGUUAAAGGGUGAACUUGCAAGCUUCGAUUAUCCGUUAAACUAUCCAAAUGACGCCGAGUGUUCUUGGACUAUUGAAGUACCAGCCACUUAUCUCGUUCAGUUUACUUUUCACUCGUUCGACGUGGAGCAGUCGCAAGAUUGCAGAGCUGAUUAUGUGGAAAUCAAGUCUGGAAAACUGAAAUUUCAUAAAGACGUGGAAACAAUUGGCAAAUUUUGUGGCUUCUCGCUUCCGCCAUCAUUUGUAUCAAACUAUUCGAGAGUGUAUGUAGAUUUUGUGUCUGACAGCUCUGGAACAUAUCCAGGAUUCCAUGCAAGCUUCAAAGCAGUUCCAAACCGUAAGUAACUGGGCUAAUACUGGACUGUAGUUAACGUGGACAAGUACCCGUAGACUAGGGAGUGCGUACGACAUAGCUAAUAUAUAGGAGCUGGCGUUAAGCACUAGAGUUCUCUUUUAAACCUGUCUCGAGUAGAAGGGUAAUCCUCCCAGCCGAGUCAACUUAAACGAGGGUUUAAAUGAGAAAAGGGGCCCCCUUUGCCGGAGACAGCAGCGAAAAACAUCUUAGAUGGUUCUCUAAGUUAUCUUACUUUUAUAACCGAUCAGAAUGCACGCAGAAGUUAGCAUAUAUCAGUGAAGUUUUGUUCGUUUUAUUUUGUUUAAUUUCAGCGGCCAUGGGACCAUGCAACGUCACAGGAGUAGACAAUGUUAUCCCGCUGACUGGUGAAACAGGAAGACUUUUCUCACCUCUCUAUCCACAGACUUAUCCCAACGACAUGAUUUGCACAUGGAAGAUAACUGUGCCAGAAGGAAACUUCGUGAGGCUUAGAAUAACAUCCUUUGAUUUAGGAUUCUCUUGCAGAGUCACUGCACUGAAAAUUCAUGACGGUCAGAGCUCAUCAGGCAACUUGCUCAAAUCUUUCUGUGGACGAACAUUUGACCGUUCAGUGUUUUCCAGCGGUCGUUAUCUUUGGGUUCGAUUCCAGUCUCCCAAGGAUGGUUAUGUGUUUGGAACUGGAUUCAAUGCCGUGUUUGAGGCAGUUACUCAAUGUAAGGCAAUUUUAAAUGACUCUUGUUAUUUAUUCCACUUUAACAACUGCGUCGCUUAUUGGAGGAGGGUGUCGGGGAUGUCCAGGGGCUUCCACUUUUUGCAAAGCCAGCCCCUAGACAGAGUUAUGCGUCCAUGGCUGGUAAACCCGCGCCUUCCAACCUUGAGCCCCUACGCUAACGGAAUCAGGCACCUGUCACACUGAUUUAUCAAGGAAAAAAAAAAAAACGGGAGGGAGAGCGCGGGGUGGGAGGAGGGAUGGGGGCAAAAGAGGGAGGGAGGGGGGUGGGAGGAGGGAUCGGGGCAAAAGAAUGAUCCAAAGGCUAAACGAAGAGAGUGGCCGCCAGGAAACGCUGUACUAAGCACACGGAGAUGAUACAGGCAAGGCUGACCGCUCCUGAGCCACCGCACUGACCGCUGACCGAGUUAGUUUGUCGCAUCAAAUUUAUCCGAGUAGCAACAAUACCACGGUUUUUUAAAGGUGUUUGGCAUAGGGAGGCAGGGUGAAUGUUGCAUCUAUUUUCCCUCCGUUUUGCUUCAAAACUAUUAUGUUAAUGAGUAUCUUCUUAACAAAAAGUUCUCUUCGUCUCUUCUUCUUAAAGGCUACAACAUGAUAAAACAAUUUGCAUGAUUUCAAACUUGUAAAUAUGACUCUAGUGCGCGCGCGUGUUUGUACUUUUUAUGGGUUGAGCAAUAGAAAUGCAAUCUACAAAUUUGAAGGAAACUCAGUGUCAAACAUAACAAUGAUUUCCUAAAAUUUUUUUAAGUCAGUACCCACAUUUUCUUCGGUACAGUCAACUCUCUUUAUUGCGGACAUUGUAGGGACCUCGAGUUAGUGUCCUCUUUAGCCAGAGUCCGUAAUGGCGAGAGUUUAUUUCAGUCAACUGUCUGUAGUUUAUUUUUGUCCGGGAUUUAGGUGCCGUCCAAGUUAUUGGGUGUCCGCAAGGGGGAUCCCCAAUAGGGUUCUUCAAUCCCGUGAUCCCGACCCAGAAUUUCGUGCAAUUCCGUAAUCCCGAGGGUAAUGGGUUAAUCCCGAGCUUUAAUUAAGGGAAAUCCCGGAUCCCAGAACCUAUUGCGAACCCUCCGCAAGGCGAGAGUUGACCGUAUAAGUUACGAGAUUAUAAAUUCAGUGCUUUAUUUUCAGUACCAGCUCCCUUCUCUUGUCGAAGCGACCGGCUGACCAGCUUUAAGUCGGACACUGGGACCCUUGCAAGCUACAACUAUCCACUUCCCUAUGAUGACAAGAUUGAAUGCACGUGGACCAUCAGAGUUGAUCUUGAUUACAGAAUAAGACUAUCUUUUGAUUUCUUCAAUCUGUCCCAGUCCAGUGAUUGUUCUGUAGAUUACGUGGAGGUCCGCGACGGCGCGUUUACAACGAGUGAUCUUAUUGGAAAGUAUUGUGGAACUGAGAAACCCGAGUCAAUAACCUCAGAUUCCUGGGACAUGCGUGUCACAUUCAAGUCCAGUGGAAAAACCAGCUACCCUGGUUUUGAAGCCAGCUACAAAAGAAAAAGUAAGUAUGGACGGUUUUGUGUUACCCGGGGGUACGCCCAGGAGCUGAGGGGUACCUUUUUCGGGCUUCUGGUAUAUAAAAGGGUAGGGAAAUCUGUCCUAUCGGUCUGA